UUGGUUUACUUCCUUGUUUAUUCUCGUUCAUCUUGUGAUUUUGAUGCCUUUACAACCCACUCACACGGGAAACUUUGGAUUCCGUGUGUUUUAACCAGCCAUGGCAUCAUCAGCAGUUUUAAUAUCUGUAUUUUUGUUGAUUUUAGGGGCUUGUGCAGCUAAAUAUGAACCAAAUUGGGACUCCAUUGACUCCAGACCUCUUCCUCCGUGGUUUGAUCAGGCAAAGUUUGGUAUUUUUAUCCACUGGGGAGUCUUCUCCGUGCCCAGCUUUGGCAGCGAGUGGUUUUGGUGUUACUGGCACAAAAAGUAUCCAGCCUAUGUGGACUUUAUGAAGAAGAAUUACCCUCCUGAUUUCACGUACCAGGACUUUGCUCCUCUCUUCACUGCUGAAUUCUUCGACGCCAAUGAGUGGACGGACAUCUUCUCUGCCUCAGGAGCCAAAUACAUCGUGCUCACAACAAAACACCACGAAGGUUUCACUUUGUGGGGGUCUAAAAACUCGUGGAAUUGGAAUGCGGUUGACGUUGGACCGAAGCGUGACCUGGUGGACGAGCUCUCCACGGCCGUGAGAGCUCACAGUGACCUGCGUUUGGGGCUCUACCACUCCCUCUUCGAAUGGUUCAACCCACUGUUUCUAAUAGACCAAGAGAAUAAGUUCACCUCAAACGUCUUCCCCUCCACCAAAACUCUGCCCGAGCUGUACGAGCUGGUGAGCAAAUACAAACCAGAGGUGCUGUGGUCGGACGGAGACGGAGACGCACCUGACAAAUACUGGAACAGCACCGGGUUCCUCGCCUGGCUCUACAAUGACAGUCCGGUGCGAGACACAGUGGUGACGAAUGAUCGCUGGGGGUUUGGUUCCAUCUGCAAGCACGGAGGUUACUACACGUGUAGUGACAGAUACCAGCCCGGGCACCUGCUCAAACACAAGUGGGAAAACUGCAUGACCAUCGACAAACAGAGCUGGGGCUACAGGCGGAACGCACCACUCAAGGACUACCUCACUAUUCAAGAACUAGUGUCUUCUCUUGUAGAAACGGUCUCGUGCGGAGGAAACCUGCUCAUGAACAUCGGGCCCACUCACGAUGGAAGGAUCUCGCCCGUCUUUGAGGAGCGUCUGAGGCAGAUGGGACAGUGGCUGAAGGUCAACGGAGAAGGAAUCUACAACAGCUCAGCCUGGAGAGCACAAAACGACUCCACCACUGCAAACAUAUGGUACACGUGUAAGCCACAGGAGAAGGCCGUGUUUGCUUUUCUGCUGCAGUGGCCUGACUCUGGAGCCGUGGUCCUGGGUGAACCUGUGCCCACCGAGGGACAGACCCAGGUGGAGCUGUUGGGGUACGGAGCUCUGAAAUGGGAGUCAGUGAAACCCAGUGGAAUAAAGGUGCACAUGCCUACUCUGUCUUUAAACCAGAUGCCCUGCCUGUGGGCCUGGACGCUCAAGAUCACAGGAGCCGCUUAAACCUGUAAAACAAAGCACAAUCUUAAAUCUCUUUUAAAAUAAUGUAAAUUUUGAAGUUUACGGGUUAAAUAUUUGGAUAUGAAGGGGAAAAAUAUGAAAUGAUUCUAGAAGAUGCUGUUUUCAAUCGUGUGGACUGCACUGAAAUGAGAAGAUGACAUAUUCCAGAAAUGUCUUGUGUUGAAUCAAUGCAAAUUUAACAUUAAAAAGUGGCAUUUUUAAUCUUAAUUUUUUGUACUUUCAAUACAACAACGGUCUGUUUUGAGUUAGAUUUACAAAACUGGUGAAGUGGUUCUGUAUUUUGCACUAUUAUGAACUUUCUCAGGUUAAGUUGUUCUGUCUCAAUUUUUAAAUAAAAAAGUUGUGAUUUUACAUAUAA